GCUCCCCACGGUCAUCUCCAGCAAUGGCGACGGCUCACCUUGGCCCUGCGCUCGCGGUCUCGUCGCCGCGCCGCCUAACCUGCAAACUUAGCUCCGCGCAGGCAGGAAGAAGAGCGGUGCUGCGUUCUUGCUCGCUUCCCUUGCUGUUGGGGCUCGCGGCGGCGGGCCGAGGUGGGUGGCGUGCCGCGGCGGCGGUGGAGUCCAGGACCGUGCAGCAGGGGGAGGACGGAGCGGAGGGGGCGGCCGAGGCGUCCUCGAAGCUGGUCCUCGUCGUCGGCGGAACCGGCGGCGUAGGGCAGUUGGUGGUAGCAUCUUUGCUGAGCAGGAAAAUCAAGACGAGGUUGCUCCUAAGAAACCCUGAAAAGGCAGUGACCUUAUUUGGCAAGCAAGAUGAGAGUGUUUUGCAGGUGUAUGAAGCGGACACAAGAAAUGUUGAUGCUUUCACUCCAGAAAUGUUUGAGGGAGUUACACAUGUGAUCUGUACUACUGGGACUACAGCAUUUCCAUCAAAGCGCUGGGAUGGGGAUAACACUCCUGAACGUGUAGAUUGGGAUGGCGUCCGGAAUUUUGUGAGUGCCAUGCCAAAGACAAUCGAGAGAUUGGUUCUGGUGUCAUCCAUUGGUGUUACAAAAUACAGUGAAAUACCAUGGAGUAUCAUGAACCUCUUCGGUGUGCUUAAGUACAAGAAGAUGGCAGAAGACUUCAUCCGAGAUUCAGGCAUACCUUUCACCAUUAUCAGGCCAGGGAGAUUAACUGAUGGGCCCUACACUUCCUAUGACCUUAAUACACUUCUUAAGGCUACAGCUGGAGAAAGACGAGCAGUUGAGAUAGGACAAGGUGACAAGCUUGUGGGAGAAGCUAGCAGAUUGGUGGUGGCAGAAGCGUGUAUCCAAGCUUUGGAUAUUGAAUCUACCCAAGGACAGGCAUACGAGAUUAGUUCGGUGAAGGGCGAAGGACCCGGAAACGACCAGGAGAAAUGGAAGAAGCUAUUCGCAGCUGCUGAAUUGAACUAGUGGCACUCUGUGAAGCACAGGAUUUAGUGCGUUUUAAUUGUACAUUGUAUAUUUCUAGUGGAAUUCCAUUGAAUGAACACAGUUCAUAAGUCGCUUGAACAAGUAACAGUAUAUAGGUUCAGAUUUGUCAUUGUCGCUGGAUUUUGAAAAUGGCUUGCAAACAGUUGAGCAUAGAAUCUGCCUUUUU